AGCCGCACAGGAUUCUCACAGGAUUCUAGUCAUCAGUAUUCCCUAAUCUCCUCCUCCCUCCGUAGUCAACUAUAAUCAUCUCAUUUGUUUCCAACCCCGACAUCAUUUUUAUUCGCCGCCUUAUGAAACCGGUAUCAUGUCCCUUACUGUGUCGCUGUUCGGGAUGCGCAGACGCGUCUGUCUGUGGAGUGACGACGAAGGCGGGGCUCUGGACCAGAAAGUCGCUCCACACGCAAAAUAUCAAAUGUAAAAAUGUCUGGGUCUGGAAGAGUCAUGCUGUUUCUGCAUGACACAGAAGGGCUGGCAUGGAAGCUCCAGCAUCACAGGUUUCGAGAAGCUUCCGCAAUGCCGAAUCCGCAUGACAAAUCUCCCACUUUGGUGACAGAAAGUGGGCAGCUUUUUCUACCUAUGCAUGAGAGAUUUUUCUGUGUUCGGAAAUACGCAUCACAAGUUUGGAAUCUUCCAGACCCAGACAUUUUUACAUUUGAUACAAAAGCUGCGAAUACGAAAGCAGGAGCCAAUGACAAGGGGAGGCCAACAAGUGCUGAAAAGUCACCGAACGUAGUGGAGCCUCGUUCUGACGCGUCGUCUGCACCAGGAAUCCAGCCUGAAAGUGGUAGCAACAAGCGUACCAUGGUCGAUUUCAGCUUGUGGCUUCGCCAGACCUUCAGCGAGAAAAUGCGAGAGGUCGACGCGGAGCGGCGGCGCCGGAGGCUGGACCCGGAGUACGAGAGCUCGCGCGAGAAAAGCCAGAGCUUCCAAGCCCAGCUGGAAUCACGAGGCGCGAACGUGGCGGGCGACCGCGUCAAGGCUGCUCAUGUGUCGAAUGGUGGUAUCGGACGACUGGAGCCGGGGGAGCGCCGGGCUAUCCGCCACAGGCUGGACGAAGAGGAAGCCGCCCGGAAGAGGCGGCGGGUCGAAACGGUCGGUGAAAAUACUACUGGAACAACUGCGAAUCAGGAAGAAAAGCGGGAGCGAAACGCGAUGGUUGCGCAAGGGGAGAGAGCAGUGGCCUCCGCUCAAGAGGGGGGCAACAAUGGUGAGACCAGUGGCGCAGGCCCGCCUGCAGCAGUCCGGACGGACGAUGACUCUGGUGCCAGCCGGCACAGAAAUCCAGCCGGAGGGUUGGUACGAGGUGCAGUUGUCGCCCCAAAGAACAACACGAAUGCCAGCAGUGCGCCAGGAGGAGAUCACGGUAGUGCCAACGUGAAUUACGCGCAGCAGCUUGUGGAAAAGAACAAGGAAAUAGGCCGUGAAAUGAGUAAAGCUGCUGCAGAACAAAGCACGACGCCGACCAAAGACGGUGCUGGUAGUUCGAACAAAACCACGGCUGUGUCCGAGUUCCACCGGUGCUCCCGACUGCACUUCCUAGGCACCUGGCGAGAGCGGUUCGAGUAUGAAAAAGAAAAAUCCCCUCUCCCCAUAUCGAAGGGGCAUCCCUUUGAAAAUUUGUGAUGCCUGCACUCCUUUACUGCAGCACAAAUUUCCUUUGUGUGCACAAAUGCAGCAACCCAGGGGGUUGCGGACCUGGCAAAGCCGAUAAGUCCGUGCUGCUGACUGUUCCACUUCCUCUUAGCGGUACCAGUUUCGCCGUCGCCCACAAAUGCAGCAACCGAAAUUUCCGUUUCAAUAUGGGAAGGAGGGAUUUUUCCUUUUGAUAUCGAGAAGUGGAAGAUCACGCUUCCGGUGAUGCCGCACCCGAAGUCGGUCGAGCAGCAGAGCAGUCUAUCCAAGAAGAAAACUGUCGUGUAAGUGUAACUUUGUGUUGCAGACGAUGCAACAAGACGAUUCAUUACAGUUAUACCUGUCAUGCUGGACAUGCAUCAGAUGCCCUUGUCGUACGUGUUUUCACGUACUAGCGACGCAUGACAGGUUUGCUGUGUCAUGCAGAGCAAGCUUGUGAUGCUGUUCCUCCAAGAGAGUUACACGUACACAGUUUUUUUCUUGCAUACAGUCACCUGGUCGCUUACUGCGACAUGGACGCGUUCUUCGCCUCGGUGGCUUAUUGCGAGGAAAAAUCGCCCCUCCCCAUAUUGAAAAUGCAUCUCUGAAAAUUUGCCAUGCAAAUUAGAGACCACAAAUCGUGCCUGUCUUGCAAGAAGGCAAGUCGAGAGAUUCCGCCACAGUAUGCAGGCAGUUUGUGAUGCUAUUGGGCCUGUACCAUUGACGUCUUUCAUGCUAGGCGUCUACGUGAAAACCUCUCGGCGCAGGCUUGGCAUAUGCCUGCAGUCCUUUAAUGCAAGACAAAUAGGGUUUGUGUACGGAAAUCCGGCAUCAGAAACUUCGUCGGCAUAUGGGGAGGGGGCUGCUUUCCUCUCGAUAUGCCGCAGCGCAACUUUUCCGACGCGGAAAAGCAGCUCCCCGCGGCGGUGGUGUCCGGGCUGCACGGCUACAGCGAAAUCUGCUCCGCCAAUUACCCGGCGCGGAAGCAGGGGGUCCGCGCGACCUACGUCCGCCAAGCCCUGCAGGUGUGUCCGACCAUCAAAUUGAUCGCGGUCACGCCGGAGCUGUUGUUGGAGGUGGAAAACGUCUGGAAGUGCGUGUUCCUUUUGCUGCGCAAGGUGGCCCCGAUCGUGGACAUGCGGAGUUGCGACGAGGCCGUGUGCCGCGUGCCGGUCGAGUACCAGGACCGGCCCAAGCUCUGGGCGGACGCGAUCCGCGAAAUGGUCUUCAAGGAAACGAAGGUCACGCUGUCUAUCGGGGUCGCCAACACGCAGAUCGUCGCCCGCAUGUGCUUAUCAAAUGCAAAAAUGGCUGGGUCUGGAAACUUGUGAUGCUAAAAUGUGCAUGAUGAAAUCACUUCCGAACGCAGUCCGGCAUGACAACUCUCCAAUGCGCAUCAGAAACUGCGUUUUUGCAUGACAAAGGAGGCUGCGACUUUUGGUGGUUAUGCAGUACAGAUUUUCUAGGUAUGGAAAGCUAGCAUUACAAGUUCCAACCUUCCAGACCCAGACACUUUUACAAUCCAUAGUGCUCCAAGCAGGCUAAGCCAAACGGCAGUAAGUGCGAGCUGGAGAACAACAAUAAACAGUUUUAUCCUAGCGAAGCGGUUCUUGAGACAGUAGGGUGGAGGGCAGAGUCGAAGAAAAGUGGAAAUAUGGCGCAACGGCUUUUAUUUCAUUUUUCCCAUGUGCAGGUUUUGGUUUUUAGUUGCCGGCCAGUUACUAGAUCGCGUGUUCAGUUUGUUCGUGGGGUGGUGAUUGGAUUCAUCAAGUCGAGGUUGUAGAUAGAAAUCUCGUUGUGCAGCUGCAGCCGCUUGCAUCAUGGGCACGAAAAAGAAUCGAGACGUAUAAACCACUUUGUUUAGGAUUCGCGAUUUCUGCACUUCGCCCUGCUGUUUCGAAUGUUUCGGUAGGAUGAGCUCAUGGCGAACAUUCCGUUGCAGGAUCUGCCCGGGGUUGGGCGAAAGAUUUUGGAAAAGCUUCAGAACAACAAUGACAUCAAGACCUGCGGCGAGCUGGUGCGCCGCGGUCCGCGCUUCUGCUCGCACUGCCUCGGGGGCAAGACGGGCGAAAACAUUUACGCGUUGGCCUCGGGGAAAGACGUGAACUCCGGGGGGUAUCUGAGUCAGGAGGUGCUCUUGAACCUGAGCGAAAACCUGAAACUGACGGGCGUGCGCCUCGGCAACGAGCCCCGGGAGGUGGUGACGAAACGAAAGACCAUGUCCAGCGAGAUGAACUGGGGCGUGCGGCCGAAGUCCAAGGACGAGGCGAUCACGCUGAUCACCGCGGUCUUAGAGGAGCUCUUCGGACGGGUGCCCAUUCGACGGGCCACCGACGCAGCACCGGACCCGGACCGGCAGCAGCCGCUCUUCUUCAACAUUGUGCGCCUCACCGUGCGGGCCCUGAUCGCCGGGCCCGAGUGGCAGGAACCGCCGAAACCCGGGGGGCACGGGGUGUGCGACCAGGUCUCCAAGUCCUUGGCCUUAAACCACAACGAGGCUCUGGAUACGAUAGUGGAAACAACUGGAAGCUGGAGCGAAGGCAAGAUCUAUUUCAUAUGUAGUUUUAAGUUUGCGCAGCGCCAGCCGGCGUGGCGCAGAUAAAAACAAGAGUGUGGAAGUGUGGAAAAUGCAUUGAAAAACUUAAAUGCGACUGCGAGGCCGACGUAUGUCGCCUGAUGCGCCCGUUCCGACUCAGAUACUUGUCUUCUAUGGACAAGACUAGAACUACUCCUAUCGCUGAAAAUGCUGUUGGUCAUCCAAAGUUGUUUCCUACCAUACAUUUUUCAACGGGCUUGCUGGUGUUUAACGACUUGCGGAUCAAGGAUCACAGUCGGAUACGCGGCCUGGGCGUCACGGCCAGCCUGGAGUCCGAAAAGAAACUAAAAGGCACAGGCCAGCCGGGCGGUGCUCAUUUUUCGGGAGCAACGUCGGGAGGAAGUGGGGCACAUCCGCAGCUUUCCACGUCAGGGGCGCAUAGUUUCACCGCUGCCCGAAUACAGCCAAAGAUUUCGGAUUUCCUGAAAUGA